AUGGAGAGCUACACAGAUCUGAUCAACAACAACAAAGUCAUCUUGGAUGAUGGAAACUAUGGGUUUUGGCAGUCAAGGAUCAAAUCCAUCAUAGGAGGUAUUGAUCGUCUUGCUUGGAAGACUGUUCUGGAAAAGUGGGAGGAACCGACGAUCAAGGAUGAAUCAGGCAAGCGAAUUCCCAAACCCAAGGCAGACCGGACUGAUGAAGAACAAAAGAGAUCAAAGUACAACUCAAGAGCGUUAAGUGCUAUUCAUUGCAGUAGUUCAAGAAAGGAUAUGUUGGCCUCUAGAUUUGAGAAUCUAAAGAUGGAGGAGCAUGAAUCGAUUUCAGGCUUUAGUUCAAAGAGUGCUCUAGCACAAGAAGCCUUAACUCUUGGGAAGACUUAUAAGGAUCAGAAGUUAGUCAAAAAAAUUUUAAGGUGUCUUCCAUCAAGGUUCAUGGGAUACAAGACAGCUUUAACUGUCUCUCAAGACUUACACAAUCUCAGUUAUGGUGAAGUGGUCGGAAUGCUACAGGCACGCGAGAUGGAACUUAAUGGAAUUAAGAAACCAAAAGGAAUAGCUCUAGCAGUUAGCAAAGACAUAACUGAUCAAGGAGAAGAAGAUGUUGUGAGCCUGUUGGUAAGAAGAUUUGAUCGAGCUUUAAGAAGGAUAGAACAAGGUCAAGGUCAAAAGAAGAGUAACUCAUUCAAGAAGACAAGUGAAGACAAAAAGGCUGAUAUGCAGUGUCAUGAAUGUAAGGGAUAUGGUCAUUUUAUUCGAGAGUGCCCAACAAUCAAGUUGCGAGAUGCCAAAUGCACAAUCUGUAAAGGGACUGGACACACACAUAAUGAGUGUGUGAGUAACUCUAAAGCUAAGAAAGAAAAGUCUAUGAUUAGCAUUGAGAAUGAAUCAGAUAGUGAUAGCAGCAGCGAAGAAGAGCUCAUUAAUUUAGUGGCAAUGGUGAGAAUCACUGAAUUUGAGAAUGGAGAAGAGGUAACUGAUUCAGAAUCAGAAGGAGAAGAAGUUCUUGACAUUGUUCAGAAUUACAAAGAAGUGCAAAAUACACUUAUUUCUCUAGGAAAGGAAAAUCAAGGAUUGAUAAAAGAAAAACUUCGUUUAGAAGCACUUGUUAUGUCUUUACAGAAUGAAUUGGUGGUUGAGAAAAAGCUUGCUAAAGAUUCGCUAAAUCUGAUGAAAGAGAAGUUAGUUUUAUCGGCAAAAGCAGACAAGCUUGAAGAAGAGCUACUUAAAGAAAAGAAAAAAUCUGCAGAACUACAAUCUGAAUUAGAUCAACAACAAAGGAAGAUUCAUAUGUUUGCAGGAACAAAGCAACUUGACAAGAUUUUGAGCUAUGGGAGAACUGAGAAGACUCAUAGAGGAUUAUGCUUUAAUGAGAACAAGGGAGCUAAAUCACAGACAACCAAAUUUGUAUCUGCUGGAGUCUAUAAAUCUGAGAAGGAGACAUCUACUGGUGUUUCUAUUGGAUCUUUGAGUUGUUAUUUUUGUGGGAAAAUUGGUCACUACAAACAGUUUUGCUACAAAUUUUGGCAGAAGGUCUGUACUUUAAAGCAACAAGGAAGUUUCUUCUGGAAUGGAGUUGGAAGACAAGUUUGGAUGAAGAAAGCUGACCUAUAUCAAUCAGGAUCAAUGGUAGCUUCUGGAUCAGGGUUUAGAUGCAAUAUGGCCAUGAAAACUGAAGAACAAGAAGAAACAGAACCAAGAUGCAAUAUGGCUAUGAUUACUGAAGAACAAGAAGACGCGGAGCCUUGGUUUUUUGAUAGCGGUUUUUCAAGACAUAUGACUGAAACCAAGAGUAAUCUACAGAAUAUUAAGAAAUUGAAAGGAGGUACAAUAACAUUUGGAGAUGGAAGUCAUGGUUUCAUACAAGGCAAAGGUACAACACGUGAUACAGAGCUUCCACAGCUUGUGAAUGUCUAUCUAUUAGUCAACCUGAUAAGUAUUAGUCAACUCUGUGAUGAAGGAUUAUCAGUGUUAUUUACAAAGGUUGAUUGCAAAGCAUUGGAUGAAUCGGGUAAUGUCAAGUUAUAUGGUGUGAGAUCUGGAAAUAAUUGUUACAUGUGGGAGAAACAUUCAAUCAAAUGCUACAAUGCUCAAGGGAGUAUAGAUCUCUGA